AUGGACGAUGCAAAAGGAGUGGAAGAGAUUGCAAGGAUUUUAGGGAGGAUAAAUAUUAAAAAUAUAAUUGUAGCCGGGGACAUAAACGCAAAGUCAGCGGUAUGGUUUAAUGAAAAGGAGGAUCACAGGGGACGUCUAAUUUUGGACCUAAUGGAACAGUAUGAUCUGGUAUCAGUUAAUAUGACUGACUACCCGACUUUUUUCACGAGCCAAGCAAAAGGUUGGACAGAUGUUUGUUUAAUGUCAAGUGAGUUAGCGCAAAAUGUGAAAAAUAGUGAAACCCUCCUCUCAAUUACAGCAAGUGACCACAGAUUCAUUAGCACACAAAUAGGAAAUCUAGGAAACAAAAAUCAACAGUAUUAUUUGAAUAUGAAAAAUAUCAACUGGGAACUAUACAAAAGAUUAUUCAAUGAAAAUUGGAGCAAUCACGAAUAUCCAAAAAUGAGAACUACUACAGAUAUAGAUGGCUAUGUAGAACACUUGACAAAUGACAUGCUAAGAGCAGGAUGCCAAGCAGUUUUUAGGAAAAAGAAAAAGCUCCAAUUGCCAGAUAUUAUAAAUUGGGAGAAUGACACAACAGAGGACGAGAAUUUUAAUAUUGAGGCUAAUUUAAAAAAACUAUUGGAUUAUCACUUCCCACUAGAAAACUCUACCAAUAAUACUACCAAUAAUAUUGAUACUGUUAAUUAUCAAAGAAAUAUGAACAAGGAUGACAACCAGGAUAUACAAUGUAAACUCUUUACUUUUAAGGAAGUUAGACAAGCAAUUUAUACAAUGGGUAAUAAAAAGGCACCGGGAAUGGAUAAUAUCACAUCAGAAAUGCUGAAACAUGCUUUUGACGAGAUUCCGGUGGUGUUUGUUUAUCUGUACAAUGAAUGUUUACAACAGAAAUAUUUCCCCAGUGUGUGGAAGACUGCUAGUAUCAAAUUAAUACCCAAAAAUGACAAUCCAACCAAGGCUUCGGACUAUAGACCAAUUAGUCUUCUUCCCACUAUGGGGAAAGCCUUGGAUUAUCUAAUAAUAAGAAGAGUUAAUUGGGAACUCUAUACUUCCGGAAAAAUGCACGAGAAUCAAUAUGGAUUUCGUACAAAUAAAUCAACUAUCAAUGCCCUUAUGAGUGUGAAACAAUUUAUACAUACAGCCUGGGAUAAUAAAAGUCACGCCUUGCUCAUUACUAUUGAUUUUAGUAAAGCUUUCGACAAUCUGAGUUGGAAGGAUAUCUUAAAUACAUUAGAGGAAAUGAAACAGACAACUAACGAAAUAAACCUGCUUAAAAGUUAUCUCCAAAAUAGAUAUAUUGUCUUUCAGGCUAACAAUAUUCAUAUUAAAAAAGAAAUAAACAAAGGUUGUCCUCAAGGUUCGCGCAGCGGACCAAGUAUGUGGAAUCUGGUUUUCGACAAAUUAUUAAGAAAAUUCGAUGGAAGAACAAAUGUUAAAACACAAGCUUUUGCUGAUGACCUUAUGGUCAUGGUGGCAAAUAAAAACUGCGAUAAACUGAGAGACAAAGCAAAUGAAGUAAUGGAAGAAAUAUAUCAGUGGAGUAAGGCACACGGUCUACCAAUUAAUCAUAACAAAUGUCAGGCUUUGGUUUGCACGCGCAAAAAUAAAAGAGGACAACUGAAAAAAACGCUCAAGUUACGUAUUAACAAUGAAAGAGUGAGGCAGGUUAAAACAUUAAAAUAUCUAGGAGUGCACAUAGAUCCCAAUCUCAGUUGGCACCACCAUAUUAAUGAGCUGACCGCAAAAACAAAACAACGAAUAAACCAGAUUAAUUGGAUUAUGGGAAAGUAUUGGGGGCUAAAUCCAAGAAAUAGUACCCUCAUUUAUAAAACUGCUAUAGAACCGGCCUUACUAUAUGCUGUGCCGGUAUGGCAAGAAGCACUAGAUAAUAUACAUAUAAAGAAAAGAUUACUUUCGGUACAGAGGCAAGCUGCUAUUAAAAUCACUAAGGCGUAUAGAACGGCGCCAACAGAUGCUUUGCUGGCGAUAGCAGGCUUGACCCCUAUUCAUAUAACUGCUAAGUCCAAAGCCUGGCAAUGGAUUGUAACGAAUACGAGAAUAUGGGGAAAAACAACUGAAGAAAUAAACAAAAACAUUAGAAAUAAGCUUAUACCGAAGAAUAUAAAAGAAAUAUCAGAAAAUAUAUUAACAACCGAAAUUGACAAGAUUGACAAUAGUAUUAGCUUGGAAAUUCACCCAGCAGAAAGCAUGAAAAUCAAAGUUAGCUUAGAAUAUGAAAAUAAAAAGGACAAGGACUAUCAGUGGUUAGUUUACACUGACGGGUCUAGGCAAACAGAAGGAGCCGGUGCUGGAAUCUACAUCACAAAAACAAAUUCAAAAGUUAAAACUUAUCAGGCUAACUUUAAAAUUGCAAACCACUGUACCAUAACACAGGCGGAAUUAUGGGCUAUUUACAAAGCAUUGAUACAUAUAAGAACAAACCUGGAAACAUACAAAGGUAGUAUAAAAUUUUAUAUUGAUAGUAGAGUAGCACUGCAGACACUAAGGAAGGAAAAGAACAUCCCAUUACUGGCAGUAGAAAUUAUUAGAGAGGCCCAUAAAAUUGCGGAUAACAAUAAUUUGUUCUUCAGUUGGAUACCGGCGCACCAAGGAAUAAAAGGAAAUGAAAUGGCAGACUUUUUAGCUAAAAGGGCAGUUACAUCGGAUUCGAAAAUAACAUAUAAAAGGAUACCAAUGAAAGAGUUAAAGAAACAAAUGAGGAAUUGGGAAGUUACAACCUGGCAGAAGGAAUGGGAAAAUUCUACCACAGGUAGACAUUGCUUCCAAUUUUUUCCAAUUAUCAAGGAUAGACUCCGCAACAAACAUUAUAAAAUUAGUCAUGAAACUACCCAGAUUCUGACUAAUCAUGGUAGCUUUCAAGCUUAUUUAUAUAGAUUCAAAAUAUCAAGGAGAAAAAAUUGUGAUUGUGACGAGGAAAGCGAAGGAGAUGCGAAUCAUCUACUUUUUGACUGUAAAAAAUACGAGCAAAGCAGACAACAAUUUUUUAGACAAUGCAUGUUACAUGGUAUAAGGUGGAGAACAGAUCAACAUAGAAUAAUUAACAAUAAAGAAGUAUGGGAAAGCCUGGAACAGUUUAUAACUAAAACAGGAACCCUAUUACCAGACUAUAGCAAAACCAAAGCACAAAAUACAGUCCAAAGUCAACAAAGCAGCGGUGCAGUAGCAGAAAGUGAUCUAAGUGACAACCAAGACAACGACAGAGAAAUUAACAGCGCCAGUGAAGAUACUGAAGACAGCGAGUGACCGAGAGGAUUCCAAAAGAUUCACCUGUUCAAAAGUUGUUCAUAAUAUGGUGUGCUUAUAAUUGACGCAAAAGCUCUUUGUGUGAUUAUCCAUGGGGUCCUUCCAGGCAGCGACAAGGG